GUGUCAUCGGUAGAAGAAGCAGCAGUUGAAGACAUCAAACUGGCGUUGUUGUCACGUGAGAGAGUGGUUGCCUCGAAACGAGCUUUCGUUGAAAUCAACUUACUCGAUAUUUAUUCACGUGACUUCACCUGGAAUCUGGUACAACGCCAUGACGUGCUGUCUAAGUUCGUGCCAGGCUCCAGUACAGGCUUUCUUACGGCCAGCUAUGUGGUGCUUUGGGAUGAGAAACUGUCACAAGAGCGAUGAAAUAUGGCACAUUGACUGUUCUCCUGCAGAGGCUGUAGAGAAACUGGUUGAUGCUAUUAAUAAGGCCAGUCAAAAUACAGACCAGGACUACGACAUUCAUGAGGUGGACAAGACGAGACAUUUCGUUCAGAUGUACAGCUACACAAAGUCGCAGUGGCUUGAUGUUGUUGAAAUACAGAUGCAACCUGACAAGGAGAGUGGGACGAGAGCCAUAGCUCGUUCAUUCUCGUCUGGUAUUAUUCCUGUCUGUUGUCCUCUCGCUCCAAUCUUCAAUUCUCUACUCUGUUGGGUUCCAUUCUCCGGCAAUCAUUUCAACGAUCAACGCCUAGAGGCCCUAAGAAACUCGAUGGAUGUACCAGUGCAAGUUGUCGAACAGCAUCCAGAGUGUUGUGCUCCAUGAUUUUCUGGGAUCAAUAUU